UUUCCGAAACGGUCCCCGUAUUUUGUCUUAAGUAUUGGGAAAGGCCCAAAAACGUUGAAAAAAUCUCCCAAUUUUCAACUGAACAACAAAUCCAGCAAGUAAAAACGGCCAUCGUUUAUCCAAAUUCCCCCUCUCUACGUUUCACACUUCACCGCUUGAUUGAUUACCGCUAGUGAACGAAAAUCAUAAUACUCCGUAAAACCGACAGAAGAUAUGGUGAAAAGCGAGGUCGACACUUCGAAGGGGCGACGAAUCCGAUGGGCCUGGCCCGUAGCCGCUGCUCUCGUCGCCGUACUCUUCGCCAUCGCGUUCGACGCGUUGGCUUCGAGAGGUGCGCCUACACUCUCUCUCCUCGAUUCCACCACCAAACGCUGUCCCUGUGCUCCGGGAACACAUACGCAAAGUGGCAUAGUGGAGGACUGUUGCUGUGACUACGAGACGGUAGACCAUCUGAAUGAGGAAGUAUUAGAUCCAUUGCUUCAAGAGCUGGUCAAAACUCCAUUUUUCCGGUACUUCAAGGUUAAGUUAUGGUGUGACUGCCCUUUCUGGCCAGAUGAUGGUAUGUGCAUUUUGCGGGAUUGCAGUGUUUGUGAAUGCCCAGAACAUGAGUUUCCAGAACCACUUAAAAGGCCCUCCAGUCUUGGCCUUUCAUCAGAUGAUCUUGUUUGUAGAGCGGGAAAGCCAGAGGCUGCUGUUGACCGCACACUAGAUACUAAAGCUUUCAGAGGUUGGAUUGAAAUAGACAAUCCGUGGACAAAUGAUGACGAGACUGACAAUGGUGAGAUGACAUAUGUAAAUCUUCAAUUGAACCCGGAACGUUAUACCGGCUAUACUGGUCCUUCUCCUCGACGAAUAUGGGAUGCUAUUUAUACAGAGAACUGCCCUAAAUAUCCAUCCGGAGAGUUCUGCCAAGAGAAAAAGAUACUGUACAAAUUGAUAUCAGGUCUACACGCGUCCAUUUCCAUUCACAUAGCUGCUGGCUAUCUACUUGAUGAGGCAUCAAACUUGUGGGGUCAGAAUCUUACAUUGUUGUAUGAUCGCGUCUUAAGAUCUCCAGAUCGUGUCAGCAACCUGUACUUCACUUUUCUUUUUGUUCUCCGAGCCGUGACAAAAGCAGCAGAUUAUUUGGAGCAGGCUGAGUAUGACACUGGUAACCCUGAGGAGGACUUGAAGAUGCAGUCCUUGAUGAGGCAGCUUCUCUAUAACCCUAAAAUACAAGCUGCAUGCCUACUCCCAUUCAAUGAAGCCAAGUUAUGGAAGGGCCAAGGUGGACCAGAGCUGAAGCAGCAGAUACAAAGACAAUUCAGAAACAUUAGUGCGUUAAUGGAUUGUGUGGGAUGUGAGAAGUGUCGUCUUUGGGGAAAGCUUCAGGUUCUUGGUCUUGGUACUGCACUGAAGAUUCUUUUCUCCGGUGAUGGUCAAGAUAAUUUGACUGAAAGACUACAGUUGCAGCGCAAUGAAGUGAUUGCCCUGAUGAACCUACUGAAUCGGCUUUCAGAAUCUGUUAAAUUCAUCCAUGAGGUGGGGCCAUCUAUUAGCAAAACAAUGGGAGGACUGCUUUCUGUGCCAACUAAUCUUAGACCGUUACAAAGGCUAUGGACUCACAUAUUUGGGCAGAGGUGACACGUUCGAGUAUUGUCUUAUUAUCCAAGUUGUUUGGGGCUCUUCUCUGUCUUGAGAUUUUACUGUUAUGAACUAGGAAGAUCUCAUCUUCUGAUGGCUAACUUAAUCUCAAGAAUAUAGGUCAGGAAAUGUUAGUCGGAUUUUCAAAGGAAUAGACUGUUUUGGUAGGAAGUUAUGGAGUAAGAUUUUUGGAGAGGUGUAAUUUUGUUUUGGUUGGAUAUGGAUUCUACAUGGCUGUUUAUUGCUUCAAUGCUUUUUGGAGAGGUGUAAUUUUGUUUUGGUUGGAUAUGGAUUCUAUAUGGCUGUUUACUGCUUCAACGCUUGUAAAUUCAGAUUUCCAUUAUUUUGCAUGCGGCAUAAGUUGCUCC